UUUAGGGUUUAUAGGGAUGGCGUUGUGCGCUUGGUGUCCUACCGCGUGCUUGCGCCUCGCCGUCCACCUCGACUCUCCAGCCUCCUUCCUCCCAAUCGCUGCGCGCCAUCACCGUCCAGCUCUGGCUGAUUGCCGGACCCGCGGCGCUCCAAUUCGCUCCAGGGAUCGAGAAUGCAGGGCCCAGGCAAGCGCGGGCGAGGAUGUGAGCAGCGCCGCGCCUAGCAGCAGUCGAUUGGAGGAGAUUCUAGGUGUGGCGACGAGCUUGUAUCCGGUCUACGUCGUCUUUGGUGGAUUGCUCGCGCUGGCCAGGCCACAGGCUUAUUCGUGGUUUGUGAGCAGGAGCCCCGGCUCUUACAGCUUUGCUCUGGGGGCGAUCAUGCUGUCCAUGGGAUUCACGCUCAAGCUCUCGGAUCUGGCGGACGUCCUCCGGAGGCGCCCGGCCGCGAUUGCGUUUGGAUUCAUGGCACAGUACGUGAUUAUGCCGGUCAUGGGUGCUGCUACUAGCCGGUUCUUAAAUCUCUCUCCCAUGCUAUCAGCUGGGCUCAUCUUGAUGUCGUGCUGCCCGGGAGGAACCGCAUCAAACGUCGUGACUUACAUCGCUCGAGGAGAUGUUCCUCUCUCGAUUAUCAUGACUGCGUGCACGACGAUUGGAGCAGUCUUUGCUACACCGCUCUUGACACUGUCCUUUGCCGGAGCUUACAUCCCUGUGGACAUCAAAGGCCUGGCUCUCAGCACUCUACAAGUAGUUCUUGCUCCAGUUCUUCUCGGUGCCUGGCUACAAGGAUCUUUUCCACACGGUGUUGCCUUCAUUAAGCCUUUUGCGCCCCUCGCAGCUGUAUUGAUCUCGUCUCUACUUGCUAGCAGGUUUGUCCCUUUGGAUUUCUUCUUUCGCUUGUCGAAACCAUCGUAUUGCAGUGUCUUCUCUGUAAAUGUUGGCCUUUUGAGCUUCAAUGACGCAGACUCGUCGUCUCUCUUGCUCGUUGCCACAGGCGUUGUUAUGGUGCAUACUGCUGGCUUCUUGCUGGGAUACGUUGCGUCCAAGGUUGCUGGGUUCGAAGAGCCACAGAGCCGAGCGAUUUCAAUCGAAGUUGGGAUGCAGAACUCGUCUCUCGGCGUUGUUCUGGCAAACUCGCACUUCGCUUCUCCUCUAGCAUGUGUACCACCUGCGGUGUCGGCUGUAUUGAUGAACAUCAUGGGCAGCGCACUAGCGGUUGCAUGGAGACACUUUGGAGACAAACCAGAGGACAGUCCGAGAUAAAAAAUCUCUUGUGUAGCCUUGCUAGUCUUCAUUUUUUGCAGCAAAUCACUGGUCGCUGCAAAGCAGAAAAUUUGCUUUAUAUAUGUAAGAUAUCACUUUGUACCUCUCAAAUCUGUUAGUUUAUGCAUCCUUAUACAA